UUGGCGUGUUCAGACGUGGUUGGGCCUCUGUUUCGGCCAGUUUCGAGGCGAGAAGUGCAGCGUCUGUGUUUGUUACACGUGUAAUCAUAGCAUUCCUCUGGUUGCGGUGGCUUCGCGGUGCAAUGGCAAAUUCCAAACCUAAAAAGAGGGGUCUGUGGCUGAAGGCGACAUGGCAAAGGGAGGAGAGGAGGAACGUCCUGCGCAAGUGGCAUGCCCCCUACCACCGAAUGGUACGAACGGUCUGGAGUUGAUACGGCACGGGAUCUGCUGUCCAUUCGGCAGGACCAGCUGGCUGUCCAGCGAGAACUGCUGGCCACACAGCAGGGUCUGCUGGCCACCCAGCAGCAGCAGCUGGCAGUUCAGCAGGAAAUGCUGCUCGUGCAGAGAGAGGCAGUCGAUGCACUCCGUCGACUUGCAAGCAUAUUUGAGCAGUCCGUGGACACAGGGGUGUUGCCCUCUGACCGGAAAAUUAGCUGUAGAGGGACAAGCAGCAGCAAGUGCGCACCAGUCGUCCGCACUGACUUCGCUAGUGCUUCAGCUCGUCGGUGUGCAGAAUCUCCAUCCGCCAGCCGAAUAAAAACUUGGCUUGAUUCGAGCGGCAGCGUGUUCGCUGAACGGCAUCUGCUGUCUCUGCAGUCUAGAUCAGGAAUGAGGUAAGACUGCAACGGAAGCGGCUACGUAGAUGUCUGCAAGGUGAGUGAUGCAUGCAGCCAUUUCUUUGUUUGAUAUUGCGUUUCAAGAGAAGAUGAAGCUGCGGCAUUGUCUAAAGGUCCUGGUUUCUGCUUCCGCCUGGU